AUGUGCCGCGAUAACAGCGUUGUGUACCGCGACCUCAGCGCCAAGCGCCUGAAGGUCAAGGACGGAAUGCACUACGGAGCUGACCUGGUCAUUUACGAGGGCGACCCCCGGGAGUGCCACAGCUACGCGCUCAUCUACGUCAAACACGAUGGCCAGGAGAUUCCGGCGCAAUCGGUCGUUAGAUGGACACGCGUGGCCGCCGCCGCGAAAAAAAGGGUGCGUAACGCGAAGCUGAAGCGAUUCCACAUAACUUCUCAGGCUAUAUUGGCUCUCGUCGACUGCGCCAGCGCAACCGUGAAGUACGCAUCCAUAGACAGGCUUAAAUUGGCGUAG